GGGAAAGAAGGUUGGGAUGAAAUUUGGAAACACCGCCCUGAAAGUGUCGGGUAUCUUGCACGGGAAGGUCGGAAACGAGGUAACUUUCUUCCCCCUCCGGAGUGAAAUCGAUAAAUAAAUAUCAUAAUUCACUUUUCCUACUGAUAAUUAUCUCCAAGGAGGAUAUAGCUCAUGCUACUGAUUGUCUGAUCAUUCUCUGUGACCCAACCGUUGGCUCUUUAGUUAUCCCACUGUGGGUAUCAUCAGCUAAUAGUGUAUGGUGACUUGAGCCUGAGCUUAGCUGGUAUGACACUCGCUUUUUUACUUUUUGUUUUUGCAGGUCUGAGGGAUCGUUGCUGGGGCUCUUCUGUGUUCUUUUUCCUUGAACUGUUCACCUCUCUGGAUCUCAACGGCGCGCCAAACACCUACCUCCCACAUCAACUCCUAGCAUCCUCACCAUCCCUUUAACCCCCUCCCUUUCCACAGCUCAAUCAAUGCAAACCGAGCUCUGCUGAAAGCUCUAAGGGAACAACAAUCAACCAUGGAGCAACGAAAAGCCGAGAUUGCCGCAAAGAAGGCGAAGCUCGCCGAGAUCAAGCGUCGAAAUCAGGAACGGCAGCAAUCCCUAUCAAAUUCCAGGCGAAGCCCAGAUCUCACAUCUCCACAUCCUCGGUCGUACAAUAACCGGCAGAGCAUCGAAGACCUCGUAACUAUUCUAGUUGGCGAGCGGCCUUCGUCUACAGGGCCGGGCGGGAUAAGGGGUAGCAGUAGGCCCGGCUCUGUAGUAUCUGUUGCAGAAAGUGGAAUCUCGGAGGCCCCUUCCCCUACAAUUCAUUCCCUUAGUGGCCUUACUAUGACCUCGGGGGUGGCUGCCGACGGCACACCCCUCACAUUACAAAACAUUUCUACUGCAUCUCUUACGGUUUUAUAUGACGAGCCGCCAUCACCCGUUCGUGAGAUUGUGACAUAUAGCAAGGAGGUACAGACCUCCGAGGCGUGGACGGGGGCGGAUGGGGAGGAGGAUGAAAAGGUCUCACGCAAGGCGGAUGAGGAGCUACGGGAGCGAAUGCGACAGGAAAUUGUGCAAGAGCUCAAGCAGCUGAAAGCUGCGGACCCCGAGGAGCAGGAUGAGAAAGCUGAUGGAACAACUGCCAAUGGUGGCUUUUUUGUCAGGGAAUUAUCGGACGAGGAGAAGGCAGCAAUUACGGCUUCCGAAGAGUUUCUCGACUUUAUUGAAAAGUCUUCGAAGGUUGUGGAAAGAGCUUUGGAUAUGGAGUACGAUGUAUUGGCGGACUACGGUUUGGGUGUGAAUGGGGAGGAUGAGGAGCAAGCUGGAAGGAAGCUUAAAGAAGUUGCCCAAUUCUACGAUGAGAGGUGGUCGAAGAAACGGAUGAUAAGCGAUAUCAAUUACUCUCCGAAGUUUCCAGAAUUGCUUUUGGCUUCUUACACCAAGAACCCUUCAGCGCCACAUGAUCCCGACGGUUUGGUUCAGGUCUGGAAUAUGCAUUUGCACGAUAGACCUGAAUACGUGUUUCACGCUCAAAGCGAUGUUCUGACUGCCCGGUUCUCGCCCUUCCAUCCCAACUUGAUUGUGGGGGGCGCCUACAGCGGUCAGGUUCUGCUAUGGGAUACUCGUGCCAAAUCACAACCGGUAUUGAAGACCCCUCUCACAGGUUCAGGUCACACACAUCCGGUGUAUUCGGUUUCGGUUAUUGGAACACAAAACGCAAACAACAUCCUAAGUUGCUCUACCGACGGAGUGGUCUGCGGCUGGACGGUAGACAUGCUCGCACAACCACAGGAAUUACUGGAACUAGCCACUCCCGUGCCUUCAAAGACUGAUGAUCUCAGUCCCACAUGCAUGGCAUUCCCCCACUCUGACCCAACCUACUUCCUCGUCGGAACAGAAGAGGGUACAAUACACCCCUGUCACCGCUACGACCGAGCCGGUGCGAAGGCGGGCGUGGAGCCACGUAUUUCAUACAAGGGACAUGCAGGACCCGUCAUGUCCGUGGACUUCCACCCCGUCCGCGGUCCGGUGGACCUGGGUGACCUGGUCCUCAGCAGCUCCCUGGAUUGGAGCGUUAAACUCUGGAAAGCCCGUCCUCCAGCCGCUACAACUGCAACUGCAAACGGAACCCCACAAGCCGCCGCACCAAUAAUGGAAUUCAGUAGGGAAGACGUCGUUUACGAUGCUGCUUGGAGCCCAACCAAACCUGGCGUAUUCGGCCUUGUGGAUGGAGCAGGCCAGUUGGAGAUUUGGGAUAUUACCAUGGACACAGAAGUGCCUAUCGCUAAAGCCUCGCCAAGUUCUAGAGUCGGGGCUACCCACCUGACCAAGGGUUUGAACAAGAUUGCUUGGGAGGAACAUGAUGGGAAGAGGGUUGCAGUCGGUGGGCUAGAUGGUAUGGUAACGGUUUUCGAAGUUGCGAUGGACCCGCCGAGGAAUGAGGAAUGGGCGAGUGUUAAGAGGUUGGUCGGCAGGGUGGAGGGGAUGGUGCCGGGGAAGUAG